GGCAACACUCUCUGAGCAAAUCAUAUCCAUCCGUUCUGACUUGUCACGCGCCGUGCGUGCUGACGCACUUCCACUUCAUCUUGCUCGCGAUGUAUGUAGCCUUCUUUACGUGGAAAAAUACGGUGUCAAAACGGAAUGUAAACACGACUAAAACAUGAUAUUUCGACAAAGUGGGACCUAAAGCGCUGUCACACUGGGUAGAUGAGGAUAUUCUGCAAAGGUUUCGGCUCAUCUUUGUUGUCUUCGUAUGUCCACUUUCUCCGUAAAUGGUCUCCGGCGAGCUGUGCCUGGCAGCGGACAACGACUUCUUGGCGAAUAAUAUGAAGGAGAUGAUUGGAGGUUGCUGCGUGUGCUCAGACGAGAGAGGCUGGGCAGAAAACCCUCUAGUAUACUGUGACGGUCACGGCUGCAAUGUUGCAGUCCAUCAAGCGUGCUAUGGCAUCGUGCAGGUGCCCACUGGACCCUGGUUCUGCAGGAAGUGUGAAUCUCAGGAGAGAGCAGCCAGAGUGAGGUGUGAGCUGUGCCCCCACAAAGAUGGUGCUCUCAAGAGGACAGAUAACGGAGGUUGGGCCCAUGUGGUGUGUGCCCUUUACAUUCCUGAAGUGGAGUUUGCUAACGUCUCCACCAUGGAACCCAUCGUACUGCAGUCUGUCCCCCACGAUCGCUACAACAAGACGUGUUAUAUCUGUGAAGACCAGGGCAGAGAGAGUAAAGCUGCCACCGGAGCCUGCAUGACCUGCAACAAACAUGGCUGCCGACAAGCCUUCCACGUCACGUGUGCCCAGUUUGCUGGGUUGUUGUGUGAGGAGCAGGGCUCGGACGCAGACAAUGUCAAAUACUGCGGCUACUGCAAGUACCAUUACAGCAAACUGAAACACAAAGAGAGGGAGAGACACAAACCCAAAUACAAGAAGAUUCUAGAGCUUUCCCCCACCCUCGCUCCAACUCUCAUAGUCACCUCAGACAAGAGCUACAGCAGCGGUGGUGGAGGAGGAGUCUCCUCUUUGCCCACCUCAUCUCAGAAGCGAUUGGAUGACAGUGCCGCCCGUUUCACCACCGCCAACUUCCAGGAAGUGCCUGUGCACUCCGGGAGUGCUAAGGACGCCCCCUCCAUGGGGUCAGAGAGCAAACAAGGGUCGGAGGUCAAACAGGGCAAAAAGAGCAUUUGCCAUGGGAUUAGUGUUCAGCGGGGACGCAAAUCCCUCACACCUGGGAAGCCCCUCGCCUCUGCUGUGGUCACUAUGGCAACCUCCUCCACUGCCGCCUCCUCCACUGGAACCUUUCAUCAAGCCCUCCUGCUGUCAAAUAAGACGUCCUCCACCGUGACUCCUCCCACCUCUGACUUCCUGGGCUUCUCUGAUCCGUUGCUGCGCUCUGGAGGUGGGGACUCCUUCUCCCCGCCCUCGUUCAGCCGCUGCCUAGUGAAGCCCAGUGAGCUCACGUCCUCGGAGGGCAUGGCGUCGCUCAGCACCUUCGGUUCGAUGAUGUCGCUUCCUGCCAGCGGUGGCGUAGCCGGCGGUAAACUGUACGAGAACUCUCUCAGUGAGCCAACGGGGAAUGUUGCUGCCUCGGCCGGCUACAAACGCUCCUCAUCAUCCUCCUCUUCCUCUGCUGCCUCCUCCUCCUCUGGGCCAGGGAUGGGGGGAGAAGUAGGAGAAGAAGGAGUGAAGGGAAAAAAGAAGAGAGGAAACUGGAGGAACCGAUAUGGACCCUGCUUCAAUGCUCCUGACGGCAUGGCUACAGACGGACCUGAGCACCACACAGCACCGCUACCUCUCCCUUCAUUGUCCUCUUCUCUCUCCUCCACCUCAUCCUCCUCUCCUUCCCCUUCCUCUACCAGCGCUCUGCCAGGCCGGCCUGGUGGAGGUGAGAGGGGAGGAGAGAGAGGCGGUCUGCUGUGUGUUUGUGUCAGCAGUGGGAUCCAGAAGUCUCCUUCCUUACUGAGGAACGGCAGUGUGCAGAUUGAUGGAUUCACCUCUACUCCCUCUGGGACCGGUGCAUUCUCCAGUGGUGACGUGUCAUCAGGGGCGGGACCUGUUGCUAUGGGUGGCGCUAACUCUGAGUUGCAGCAGCCGACACCCUCACUAGCCCCUCCCACUCCCCUCACUGCCACAGCCCCCCUGACCAGCACAGCCUCCUCCCAUGUGAGUGGGUUACCAGGUCUAGUGUUCAACAUGGCUCCCUCCCACAUGUUUGGAAACCGACUCAACCCCAACUCUGCCAUGGCUGCUCUCAUCGCACAGUCUGAGGCUUCCCCCACAGAUCAGGAUGUUGGAGAUGGAAACAGUGGUGGAGCUCAGGGCUUCCCCAGACGAGCCUCUCCCAAGACCACCCUCUCUCCACAUUCUCCUCUAGGUGGGCUACAGAUCCGGUAUGACCCAGGGUCAGCGUCAGGAUUAGGGGGGUUAGGUUCAGGUCAGGGAGGCGGAGGGGACACCUCUAUAGAACAGCUGCUGGAGAGACAGUGGAGUGAUGGACAACAGCUCCUACUGCAGCAGGGAGCACAGGGAGAUGUGUUGGGGAUGUUGAAGUCCCUCUACCAGCUGCAGCAGGAGAACAGGCGUCUAGAGGACCAGAUUAAAACUCUGACCAUGAAGAAAGAACGACUGCAGCUCCUGUCAGCUCAGCUGUCUGUGCCUUUCACCCCUUCUGCUGCUGCCCAAGAUGUGAAGGGUGACUCCUCUCUACCUGCUCAGGAUAGCGUGUCGUGUGGCCGCAGUAGUGGUGGCUCUACCUCUUCGCUCUCCACCCCCCCCUCCAUCUCCCACAGCCCCCCCCAGCCACCUCAGCUCAACGGGGUUGCCAUGGGAACAAUGCUGCUGGGAGGGGGAGCUGGGCUUGGGAUGGGGGGGAUAGUGGGGGUUCUGAACAGAGUCAUACAGACCACUUCCAGCCCUCACACAUACAGCUACACACAUACCUCCUCACCGGGCCCCAGCACCGCUGUGCCCAUCUCCAGCUCCAUCAACACCAGGUUGGGUGCCUUGUCUGAGCAGCAGAGGCUCUUACUGCACCAGAACCAACUACAACAGCUACUGUCUUCACAGCCCUCUGCGGACCAGCAGCAGGUGUUAUUUUACCAGUUGAUGCAGCAACAACAAGACCUCCACCAACUCCAGUCUUUCUCCUCCUCCCAGCUUCCCUCCAUCCCUCUCUCCUCUGCUCAGCUGCCCAUCACCUCCCUUCUUUCCUCCUCCAACGCCCACGGCACCAUCACCGCCAACCCCUUCCUGGCUCUGCACACACACCCCGACACACACACACACGCCGCUGCACAGAAGCCCCGGCUGGCUGAGAAAGCUGUUGGAGUCACUGGACAGGAGAAGACCUGACCCAUAAAACAUCUCUCUCUUCUCUCUAUCCAUCUCUCUCUCUCUUUCUGUUGGUGAUUCUCUCUACUCUCUAUCCAUCCAUCUCUCUCUCUCUCAGGGGUCUCCACCAUCAUGUGAUCAGUGCUGUGUGUUUAACCACACAAGCUCGCCCACAUAGAACUACAAACUCCAAAAAAUGAUCAGGACACUAACAUAGCUGACUGACUCACAGCUCAGCUGGAGAUAUGAGGUCUGGGAAGUAUGACUCUCAUUGGACAGUUUUAAGAGAGGGAGGAGUUUGUAACUGCUGUUACCUCUCUAUAUCUGUGUGUAUGGACCAGCAUAAGACCUGACCAGAGGCCACUCUAAUGUAAGACUGACUGACUGCUCAGCCAUGGAAGCCUUGCUAUGACUGUCUUUCUGCUGUACCUACCUCACACACACAAACCAGCCGAUUAGUGCCCACAACUCUCAGCAUCGGCCAAUAGGAAUCCACAACAUUAAUGACUGGCCAGUCAGGGUCCAAUCCCCAAGUGCCUAAAGCCGAGGGGGCAGGGUUACUCAUACUCCUCUUCCUGUCUCUCCUGUCAGACAUCCAUUCUCACCAUAUUACUGGCUGUCAAGCUGCGUUGCCCAGGCAACAGGUCACACAACACAUUCUGAGAAGCUGGAAACUGUAUUGUGCUGCUUUCACAAACUACAGAAACAAACUUUAUAAAUGGUCUCUUUAUAUUUAAGUGCCCGCUGUUCUUUCAAGCGUUUGUUUUAUACUAAUGUUUUAAGUUUUUCUCACUCUUGCUGUAAACAUUUUUGAUGGAAACAAAUAUUUGUUGUGUACUCAGAAAGAUUGAAGUAGUAGUGGUGGAGGUGGUGGUGUAUAUAGCUGCUAUUGUGGGGAGGGGUGUAGAUUAAAUGGCACAGUUUUUACCUCGUUUGUGUAAAUAAAUAUAUAUUUUUCAUUGGCUGUGGGGUGUAAAUAAGUGAUUGUGAUUGGCCCUGCUGGUGUGAAGGAUAGCCAAUGAGACCUCAUUUUGUGUGACUCUUAUGAGCAGACAAUAGGAGACGGUGACUGAACACAAAGUAUUCAUUUAUUUUUAUAUGUGCAGCGACAUUGUUUAGUUGUUUUUGUAAUUUUCACACCAUUUAUUUUAUUUUAUACUCGGCACCAUCUGUGUUUCUUUUGUUUGGAUCAGUUUUGUACAACUGAAAAAUCAUAAAACAUCCUCAAAUGUUUCCAUUUCAAGUCACCGAAAUAAAGAAGCGUUCUGGAUAAA